UUUUUUUUUUUUUUUUUAGGAUUUUUUUCAUUAGUAUUCGCUUUUUUGGCUGUACUCCGACAAAACGCCAAUCGAUCGACCCGUUCCUUUUGCAGCGCCUUCCUUCAUUCGCUCCAUACACACAACACUCAACAACAUGGCUGAACAGAACGAACUCGCCGCCGAGCAGCAGCAGCAGCAGCAGCAACAACAACAGCAGCAGGCACAGCAAGUGCGAACGCAACCACAAGAUGAUGACAAAUUAUCCACAAACACCGCAGCAACAGCACAAGUCGAAUGCGCAGCCGCAGCCACCGCCGCCGAGCCCGCAGUUGUUGUGGACACGACGCACUACUCUGUGAGCAUGGCUGGUGGCUCGCUGCGGUCGGCGCUCUGCGUGCCAAACUCGCAGCCCGCCGUCACCGACCCCGAGCAAUUGGACGCGACGUUUGGCAUUGAGUUUCCAUCGCCGAUGCGCACGCAGCUUGUCCUCAUGCGCCAAAUGUUUGAGCACUACCGCGCGCAGCUCGACGCCCUCCUGGGUGCGCGUGAGGAGCUCACCAAGCUCAUGAAGUCGGACGCCUUCAUGUGCUUUGUGCGUGUGCGGGCUCAGCACAACCACAACCAGCAAACCAAGUUUGUCACGUUUGUUUUGCGCCAACUCGCGGGCGCCUUUGCCGCCUGCAACCUCACCUACCUCGCCUACCGCUUCGCCAGCCCGGCCGCAUGCCACACCGCCUUCAUCGAGGGCCUCGAGGACGCCGUCACGCGCGCGCUCAUUCCCGACGACGACCUGCCCAAGCCCCACAGCGAACCAGCCCCAUUAAUGCCAAAUUCGAACAUUUCGCUCGCGCUCCCUGCCGCCGUCCAGCUCCACAUGGACCGCAUCUGCGCCUACGCCCGCCAGACCCGCCCUCAGCAGCAGCAGCAGCAGCAGUAACAACCCAGUGUUCUCUCUCUGCCACACAACAAGCGCGCUUCAACGCUUUGUUGCUUUUUGCUGUCGGUAUCUGGAUUUUUUUUUUUCGUUCGUGCGUCAUUUUACGUUACUAUUUAUUGAUUUUUUUUCCCCGUUCUUCCUUUUCUGAUCGAUCUUCGAUCCUUUUCAACACUUUUUUUUUUUUCGUUUUUUUGACGUUGAUUCGCUUUUUUUUUUUUCUUCUUUUUCUU